UGGUGUGAGCCUGUGGGUGUGCGGUGUAGAACCCAAUAAUAAUAACUAUAAUUAGUAAUUACAAGAAUUAACUAAUAAAUAAUGACCUUAAAAAUAUAAUUAAAGUGUUUCAAAGUCUCUAGUCAACAGUGACAACUGUCGAACGUUACCAAAGUACCGUGUACUGUGCAAAUACAUCGAGCCGAGUUGUUUCUCGAUAAUAUCCGCAAUUAUAAAACAAUUAGGCUUGUCUUCAAUAGACAUUAGGAACGGAUAACCUACACCGUUCGGCGUUCUAAUCCCGCAUAUAUUAAAAUACUGGUAUAUUGCGUAACGUUAUUUUAAUAAUGCGAUAGUCCGUCUACUUUCUCUUUACGACCAGUUCACUAAAUGACGACAGUAUUCUUCAACAGUACGCUGACGCCUGUACUCCGUUGUGUAAUUAAAUAUUCGACUAAGCGUACGAGGAAAAUGCCGAGUUUAUUAACCAAAGAACAGAGGGAAGAAUUACUCCAGCCAUUACUUUCUAAUCAAUGGUCAUUAGUAAAAGACAGAGAUGCCAUAUACAAGGAAUUCUUAUUCUCUAACUUUAUUGAAGCUUUUGGGUUCAUGACUCAAGUAGCAUUGAAAAGUGAAAAAAUGGAUCAUCAUCCCGAAUGGUUUAAUGUGUAUAACAAAGUGCAAGUUACAUUAUCCACUCAUGACGUUAGUGGUUUGUCUUCAAAUGAUGUUAAUCUUGCCACAUUUUUGGACAAAACAGAAAAAAGCAUUAAAUCAUCUUCAUAAUUUAUUUGUAAUAAAUAUAAAUUAUAUGUAGAAAAAGUACAAAAUGUGUUAUUAUUCAUUACUAUUGUUAUUUAGUAAAAAAAACAAUUGAAAGGUCCGGUAUUAAAACAUCUAUCUCCACUAUAUUCAAAACACAUGUUUUACAUUUUUUAAUAAAUAGUAAUGUUGUCUACA